AUGGCAAUAGAAUGUGGGAAGUUGUUCAAGCUUUGUCUGCUUUUGACUUCAUUGGUGAAGAGUUGUCUGUUUGAGGGUCUCCGAAGAACUGCUCGGCACCAUUUUGCUGGUGGUGAUACAGCUUGGGAAGAGCGGAAGCUAGGAAAAUACGCUACAAGUGAAACACGAUUCAUAGAGACGAUGGAGGAUAUUUGCCAUAAAAGCUCGUUGAAGAAUACCGACAGGUUUAACGGUCUUGCAGAUCUGGAAGCCAAGUGUGCCUUUCUCGUGGAAGAACAUGAAGAUAUUAUUGAAGAAUUCUACUACAAGCAUCAGUCGUCUAAUAUGUCAACGUGGUUGUGUGUUCGCACCUGA